AUGUCUGAAGGCCCCGAGACACUCGCGUCGGCAGUGGCCGUUCCCAGCCAGGAUAAUAUUCAGUCUCCGGAGUUGACAGCCAAGCGACGAAAGUCUUCAACUGCAGAAUACGACACUAAGCGCCGACGACUCAGCUCUACAGACAAUACCUCCCCGCAUUCUCAGCGGCACCGGCCGUCAUCCCCUCCACCUGCGACAGAUGAGUCUGUGGAGAAAAAGCCUACGCGACUGCGCGCAGGUCGAGAUGAGGAUCGCAAGCGGGGUCAGCGGUUAUUCGGGGGGCUGCUUGGUACUCUAUCGCAGAGCUCAAGUUCCGCGGCACAGAGACGUCGCGCUGACAUUGAAAAAAAGCAGCAAGAGAAGUUGAAGUCGCAGGAUGCCGAGUACGGUGAAUUGAAGAAACGGCGAAAGGAACAGCGGGAUGAGAUUCGCAGAAGAGAAACUCCUCUGUAUGAGCGAGAAGCGAUGCAAACACGGCAUUCGAAUAUGCUUGCUAUGGCACAUUUCUUCAAGACACAGGCAGAGCCGGCUCUGUAUUACAAACCAUGGCAACCCAGACCUGGCGACGAUUCAACGAUAAACCAGCAAAUCGAAGAAGCAGAGGCGACUGUUGCCCGAGAAGUCGCCGAGUUCGAAGCCCGAUAUCCACCAGAGGCAUUUGCACCCGAACAGCCAACGCUGGUUGAGACACAACCAACUCAGGCUGAAGCACAAAACCCUGCAAACGAAGAACAGCCCCAAUUGUCAGAAGAGCAGCAGCAAGCAGGUGGUCCUCAAGACCAGCCAUCGGCUCCAGAGCACGAGGCAGAUCCGACAGAUUCAAAGUCCAAGGAAACAGCUCAAGGUGCUCCGAACACGGUAGGUGUAGACACUAAUGGCCAAACUCCCGAUCUAGUCAAAACGGACGAAGCCACUGCCAAAGUGGAGGAAAGUGCUGUUCAAGAUCAGCAUGAUGCCCACCGAGAUGAUGACGGAGGCGAGGUCGUUGAGGAUAACGAGGACACUGUGAUUUAUUAG